AUGAUAGAAGAGCGAUUGGCACGGGCGACUGAAUAUACGGAUGAAUUACUGAUUGAGUGUAUUGAAGGAGAGGGUGAUUGUGGCCGGAUUUUAAGUAGUUUAGUACGGGUAUGUGCGGGAAUGGUUAAAAAAGGUGGAUCUGCUGAUAAGAAUGGGAUAAAAACAGUAGUGGGGUACUUGGGACUUUUAAUGAGUAAUCCAGAGACUUUUGGUCUGAGUGGGGAUAAGUGGGAGAAUGGACAGGUAGUGAUUAGAGAAGUACGGAAAGUGGGUGUAGAAACACUAAGCAUGAUAGUUACUUACUUGCCCCCGGAGAGUUUAGAGGAGAGUUUGGAAGUCCUACUAAGGAGUUUAGGAGGUGGAUGGAGUGGAGUGGGUUUAGUUGCUAUGAGUAUAUCACAGGCGGACUUGAAAUUAUUGAAUGUAAUAGUGGAACGUCCCGAAGGUUUAGCUUUGUUUGGUGAGCGUCGGAUUUGGGGAUUGGAAAUGGGAGAGGGAGAGACGAGUUUAGGAGUAGGAUGGCCGGAGAAGUGUGUUUUUGCGGGGUUUAUGAACACAUUUCCAUCUUAUGUGGAUUUAGAGUUACAGCCGGGGUAUAUGGGUAGUGUGGCUAAGGACUUCCUGGAGAAGACUAGUGCGGUGGAAAAAGAACGGUUAGUUUCGGCCUUACAGAACCGGAUAAUGGGGUUGGGUAAUGGGUUAUUUGUUAUUUUACGGGCGAUUAUACUUAGGAAUACGGUGGCUAAGCAGUUGUUUAUUGAAUGGAUUAUGCGGGUUUAUGAAACGAGUAAGAACCGGCGGAAGAGUCAGUUUGAGCGACGGGAAUGUAUUUCGGACGGGUAUGCCUUCUUUAUCUCUCUAAUUCUAGCUAAGUUUUUGGAACCAAUUAGUCAGGGUCUUAUUCCUGGUCCUACUUUACGUCUGGACGUACUACGCCGAAGUUCAUUUAUAAACUGCCAGGAAAUGAGUAGUACGACCGGUUUACUUACUCCAAAAGCCCCUUCAGUUAUAGAGGAUACAUUUCGGGCUAAGUUACUUUAUGCCAAGUUUUUGAUGAACCAACUGACCUACAUACCGCUGUGUGCACAGUUUAAGGACUACCAGAAGGAAGUGGAGAGUCUUACGAGACAGGAUGUACCAGCUACACAUCCGCGCACGAGAUUAGCUAUUCAGAGGUAUAUUAGUCUGUUCAAUUCUGCUUUAGAUUAUCACAAAGUGAUUUUGAGUUCACCAGAGAUAGUCGCACUAGAGAUAGGUAUAGCGAACGGAAUGAUGAACUUUUUAAAACGGGCUAUGUCGACUCCUGAGUUUGCUGAAAUUCCGGUGGUUUUUGUGGAGGACUUAAUCUUACUAGUUUCUGGGUUUGUCCAUCCGGCACUUGAUCCGGCCCGUACGGCUGGUACUGUCUUUGUUGAGGAGAAUGUAGCUACAAUUGUUGGGUUUUGUGCGGCAACUUUAGCCCAUCCUCAGAUUAAUAUCAAUUAUAAGCAGUUAGCUGUUCAUUUAUUGCAUACGUUUAGUCAGACAAUUAGAUCGUUUAUUCCUAGUUUACUUAUCUCUUUAAUCAACUACCAUAUUGACUUACAGAAAGUCAUUAAGAACAAUAUGGAAAGGACGCAAGAAAGAGGAGGACUAGCCCUUCUACUUUCACAUUUACUGAAGAAUGCAGUCUAUGCUAGUGAAAUGGCUAAGUUCUUAGGGGCCAGUUCACCAGGCCAGCCCUUACAUACGGACAAAAGAACUAUGUUUCUACUGCAUACGAUCUCAUCUCUAGUAGAUGCGCAGGAAAGAGGCUUUGAAGAGCUUAAGAAGACGUCUAUGACUGAAACAGCUCUGGAUAAUGCCGUAGAAGAGGAGAAGAAAGAUCUACAAAUUGCACUUGAUACUUCGAUUGAAAAUGCCCGGGCAUUCUUUGCCAAUACAACUUAUUUAGAAACUUUCCUACACCAAUUACUUCUUCUUUCUCCUCGUUCUUUCCUUAUUCCCGUAGUUACUUCCCGUUUAGCAUCUAUGCUUAACUCUUCCAUUAUUUCCCUAGUUGGCAAUCGGGCUAAAGACUUGAAUAUUCGGAACAAGCAAACACGAGGAUUCAAUCCAGUUCACCAUUUAACCUUCCGCUUAAGAAUGUACAUAUCUAUUCGAGCCAAAGACUUUAUCUUAGCUAUCAUUGCCGAUAAUGAUAUGUUUAAAGAAGCCCUCUUUGAAAAAGCCAUUGAUAUUUGUGCCCACCACCAUCAGAUCAUUCAAAGUGAAAUCAUUCGAUGUAAAUUCCUCCUCCAAAGUAUUCGUACUAUUCGCGCCCAAGUCCAAGCACACCAAGAAGAAAUCGAAUUCCCAGAUGAGUUUAUUGAUCCAUUAACUUUUGCGCCAAUGAUAGAUCCUGUUAUCUUAGCCCCAAGCAGUACUCGUGUCGACCGAUCUACCGCCGAAAUGAUUCUUAUGAACGAUGCCAUCGAUCCAUUCACCCGAGGUCCUCUCACUGAAGCCGAUAUCACCGCCGAUCCAGACCUCAAAGCCAAAAUCCAUGCCUUUAUCAAGUCCCACCAAGCCAAUUAA